AUGCUUGCUGACGUAGGUGGGCUGAUCGACGCCGGGGGCACCACCGAUGAUGCAGUCUGCAUCGAGGUUCCGACGGACGGUGCAGCCAGGAGCGAGACGGGGGGUGCCGGAGCUGGAGCGACUCGGAAGGGUGCCGGAGUUGGAACCGGGGGUGCAAAAGUUGGCACCGGGGGUGCAAACGUUGGGACCGGUGGUGCCGGAGUGGGAACCGGGGGUGCGAAAGUGGGGGCCGGGGGUGCCGGAGUUGGGACCGGGGGUGCGAAAGUUGGGACCGGCGGUGCCAAAGUGGGGACCGGGGGUGCAAAGGUUGGGACCGGGGGUGACGAAGUUGCUGCCGGAACCGAGGAGCUUCCUGUGGCUGCACAGUCAACUCAAGCGUCAGCAUGGCAAGCACGAUUGACGCCGUUGCCGUAG